AUGAAGUUAUGCACACGAAUAAUGGAAGACAACGCGGCUAGAAGCUUGAAGAAGAAGACAUCUCAGCAACAGCAAGAACAAGCAACCAGACGGGUAGUCCUACCUUACAUCAAGAAUACAUCAGAACUGGCAACCAGAUUAUUGGCUCAAAAAGGAGUCUUCGUGGACCACAAACAGAAUGCCACUCUAAGGAAAUUAAUCUCUAGACCAAAGGACAACCGGGACUAG